AUGAUCGUCCCGGCGACGAAGCUCGCCGCCGCAGUUGGGAAGAGGAAACGAGGCACCGGGUCGUCUCGUAACCAGCAGCGGCAGGCGAAGCGUGUGGCCGGUCGAGAACGGAACCAGGCUGCCGCGAAGAAGCGCAAGACGUCGUCGGGGGCUAUCACCACGAAGCGCACGCCGAAGACAACACCGCGCAAGCGCAAGACCCCGGUGAAGCCCAAGCCGACGUGGACGUUCACGACUGUCAAGAUGAAGCUGCGGACGUUCUGCAAGGACGAGGGUCUAGCGCUCGCUUGGGACUCGGUGCUGAGGGACAUGACUAAGAUGGUGGCGGAGGCUUACAUGCUGGCCGCCGUCCACGUGGUUCACUGCUGUGAGCAAGGUUUCGACAUCCCCAUCUUGGCGCGUUCCUUCUACCAGCAGUGCUUGUCGGCCCGCGUGGCGAGGCGAGAGCCCGAUCCCCAACAGGGACGCCAUCAAUCGUGGCUGGGCAUGGCCCAUGAAACCCAGAACCAUCUCCAGCUCAACUUUUACCGGCGCUUCAAACAAUACAUUACGCUCCGCUACGGGCUGGCUGGCCGCGAUCGCUACCUUGUGCUCAAGGGCAUCCUCGACCCCGAGUACGACGGAGACAACGAGAUCGUGCUGGAGUACAGAGAAUUGAUCCCCCGCAAUGAUGAAGGAGCGAGCUAG